AUGGUGUUUCACUCUGGCAUCGUCCUGUGUUUUUGUCUCUUCACCCUGCGCUUGGCCUCGGGCCAUGCAGCCAGCACUUGGGACCAGACAAAUCGACCCUGCCAAGCACUGAACGUCCUCGAUGGAGCCCCUGCCCUGCCCACCCAAGCCGAUGCUGUCAAUGCGUUCCAAGAUUACCAGAUAGAUAUCACAGCCAGCACUCCAGCUGGCCCGGGCGAAGAUGAUGACGAAGAUGAUGACGAAGAUGAGGACGAAGAUGAGGACGAAGAUGAGGACGAAGAUGAGGACGAAGAUGACGAUGAAGCAGGGACAGAGGUAUCUGCCAGCAUCGCCACUUGGACCUGGCCAUUUUCCAACGUCACAACACUCAACAACACACUCAACUUUGUCAUCAAUCGCCGCGGCACGACCAUUAUCAACCUCGAACCCUUGUCUUCCGCCGAAGCUGUCAUCAUCACCAUCAUCCACAAUGGCGCCUCUGCCGUCGUGCUGAAUGCCCCCUGUUCCGUGCACUUGGACACGGUCCUCAUUCAUUUUGCCGCCCAGGCAGGCGUUGAAGUGACGCUUAAUCUCGGUCGUAACCGCACCCUCCACUCCAUGAUUUUUUGCGACAACUCGCCCGCACGGGAUCAAAUCAAUGCCUUGAGCUUGACUGGAACACACGUGUCCCGGCUUCACGUGGACGUAGCCGAUCGAGCUAAAAUCGAAAACCGCCUUGCCCUGGCCUCAAUUGAUGUUUUCCAAGCUUUUGCCGGGAAGAGCUCAAAGUUAGAAACCCUGGUAGUUUUCGAGGCGUGCGCCUCCCUCGGUGACGUUGUCUUGGACCUGACCAAGACUGACAUGCGCCUCGUAUUUGCAAACGUCAGCCAAAUUCUUUCCUUCUCAGCCGUGGCACGCGACCUUCGCGUCAACAGCCAUGACUUUGUGGGCAGUCGAUCCCACGUUAUGAUCAAUGGAUAUGAAUUUGAUAUACCCACGACAUCAGAAGUAGCCAGCAACCUACUUCCGCAGGCUCAGCCAAGCUUGGAUCCGAGCCGCAUCUGUGAUGUGAACAUGACCGCCGUCCCUACCACCACCACCGCCGCCGCCGCCGCCAUCAUCACUACACCCACCACUACACCAACUACCACACCCACCACCUCUACGACCACACCCACUACCACAGCAACUACCACACCCACCACCUCCACGACCACACCCACUACCACAGCAACUACCACACCCACCACCUCCACGACCCCACCCACUACCACAGCCAACGGCGAUGGAUCUCGCUCAGGAGCGGCUGCUUUUCAACGCGCCGUGUUGGCUUCCACCGUCUCCUCCGUAGUUGUGCUCAUUGCCUUUGGCGCCGCUCUGCUCCUCAUGCUGUCCCGCAAGCGCCGCCAACAUAACGAUGAUUCUGAAAGCCAGCCGCCGACGCGCAUGUCAAAGCUCACGACGCAUAGUGCCAGUGCUGCAAGCCACACCGACAGCAAUGAAUCCUUGCCCAAUUACAGCGACUCGGAGAUGAUGGCUGCCUCGGCUGGCGCCCAGUCCGAUGCCGCCCUUCUCUCCCCGCCCCGCUUCAAUGGCGACCCGGCCCUGAUGUUUCAGGCCAAUCACUUGCUUGAGACGUUGGCUAGUCCUGAUGUUUGGGCUGCAGCCCUCCUGCAAGCCAUUGCCUUCCAUGAUGACGUAGAGUUUGCCCAUGCCCUCAGCCUGGCUCGACACUCAACAGCGCCUCGUCUAAACGAUCUCCAACCCCUUCAUUGGGCUCUGCUUCACCAAAACGCACAUUGUCUUCCCGCCCUGGUCUCAGCUGGCGCUCAUAUUAACAGCCCCGACGUCGAGGGUUACACGCCUUUGCACUUGGCAAUUAACCUGCAAGACCUGGAUGGCUGCGGCACCCUGCUGCUGCUCGGUGCGAAUGUCAAUGACACCAACUCACGGCACCAAACCCCGCUCCAUCUCGCCUGCAUGCUGCACAACGAACGACUUUGUGCCUUGCUUGUCGAGCGGGGAGCUGAUCCCAAUUUGACCGACUGGCAAUCUAGGACUCCUCUUCACUGGGCGGCGGCUACAAACGCCGAGGCAUGCUGUGGUGUACUUUUGGGCUCGGAGCAAUUGGACCUGCGUAUCACUGACGAGCGCGAUAACACUAGCCUUAUGCUAGCCAUUCGGGAAGAUAACCCAUCUGUUGUCAAGAUGAUUCUCAAUUCUGCACAGCACCGUGGCUGUCUCAAUUCUCUCCUCAUCACACCGACCGUCGAUGGCCAGUUACCAAUUGCUCUGGCCACAACUGUGGGAGCUGAUCAAUCAAUGGUGGUUCUCAAGCAGUUUAUGAGCACGACGGAUGCCACCGCAAGUGGAAAUAGUACCGUCCCCAUUCUAUCUGCUGAUAGCCCGGAAAGCAUGAACAGUGCUGGAUCAACAAGCGGUGCUGAUACCUGCCACUCAGUUGAGCAUGACAAGGACGAUGACGCGCGACCGCGCUCUAAAACCAAGGAGUGGCGACGUCAAUACAUGCAACGCUACCGUGCGCAACAAAACCUAAGAGGCCAGGCCUAUGAUGAAGAGAUCGAUGUCCUCGAGGCUCAGCGUGCCGAGUACGCCAAGGCCAUGGAGGCCAUGCGUGCUGACAUUUUGGCACUUCAAACUGCACUCUGCUUUUAA